GAGGAAGUGACCUGUAUGCUGAGUUAGCCAAAGGGCCUGGGGAGAGAAUCUGGGGCAGACUGAAGAACAAGGGCAAUGUCCCUGGAGGAGGAGAGAGUGUGACAGAUGUUCAAGGCGGGGUGAUUACUGUGGCUGGAAGCCCCUGGGAGAUAGAGGACUGGAAAGCAGGAACCAGGGGCUACAGGCAGCUGAUUGGCUUGUUCCCGUUGCAGUGACAAACACUGGAAACUCCAGGCUGGGAGUCACACCAUCUAAUUUACAUCCGGAAGUAGAUCUCUAGGCUGACAAGAAUGGAUGCUGCUGGAGCUUAGGGGUUGGAGAGCAUGGCUGUGGGGGCUAAGGGGGCACGGAUGCAUCUAGAAGCCAUAGAGAAAGGAGAUGUUCUGCUUUGAAGAGCCAGACACUAUUGGCCGGAAGCAAGGCCUCGAGUGACGUCAAGUUCAUCUCCCAUCACCUGCUUUAGAGACAGAACAGUGACGCCACUGUUUGCUUCAGCAGGGAGGACAGGCUUGGAGGUGUGAAAAGGGAAGAGAGCCUGCAUUCACAGAGGACAGGAUCCGGAUCCGUCUGUAGCCUCUGUGGAGAUGUCUAAGGAGAGACACAGAGGGAAGAUGUCAGGCGGGUGCCACAUUCACCGGAGUUCAGAGGAUAGCAGGAUGGCCCAGUGAACACAGUCUUUAGGCGCUCCAUACUUCCUGGAGGGAAUGUUCCUCGGGUCACCUGGCCUUGAGGACCAGAUCACCUGAUGGCCAUCAGGACAGUCUUCGAGCUGUGUGGAGACAGACUGCGCCACCAUCAUUUCCUCAGCCAAGCCCAAGGACUAUACCCUGUCCUGAGCUGUAACAGAAUGAAAGGCCGGCAAUGGCGGUACACUCAGCUGCCCACAGAGAUGGAGGACAUACUCUCUGGGGAGGAGGGUGAGGAGAAGGAGGAGGAGGAAGAUGAGGAGCCAGCCCCAGCCCCCCAGGACCCUGUGGAGCCUCAGCUGACAGAAGCCAGCCAGGUCCUAGGUGCCCCAGAGAUUAAGCAGCUCAGCCUCCACCUGCCCCCGAGAGUCACUGGCCACCCUUGGAAUCUGGUCUUCUGCACAUCAAGGGAUGGCUUCAGUCUGCGGACACUGUACCGACAGAUGGAGGGUCACAGUGGGCCUGUACUGCUGCUGUUGAGAGACCAGGAUGGACAGAUGUUUGGUGCCUUCUCCUCCUCGGCUCUCCGACUCAGCAAAGGCUUCUACGGUACUGGGGAGACAUUCCUCUUCUCCUUCGCCCCUCAGCUAAAGGUCUUUAAGUGGACAGGGCACAACUCUUUUUUUGUGAAAGGAGACCUCGACUCACUGAUGAUGGGCAGCGGAAGUGGCCAGUUUGGGUUGUGGCUGGACGGAGACCUGUACCGUGGCGGAAGCUACCCCUGUGCUACCUUCAACAAUGAAGUGCUGGCCCGGCAGGAACAGUUCUGCAUCAAAGAGCUGGAAGCCUGGGUUCUGAGCUGAUGCCUCCUGGGACGUCUCAAACGGGGCAGCCAUUCUGCCUACUCAGGAUGGGGAAGAACCCUCAUGUGGACUGUGGCUCUCAGCCAGCCUCCUUAUGGCUUCGAAACUCAAGAACAAGGGCAGCCACUGUUCUCCAGCAGAGCUGAUUAUAAGGUGUGAAAGACACUCUGACUGAAGAAGCAUACAAUUUGUCUUUAUGGGAUUUGACAAUCCCUAGAAGAUCAAAAAACAAAACAAAAAUCCUACCCCCUAUAACAUUUUCAUACUCUUUCAGUCAAGCCAGGUGCAUACAUGUUUGCACAAAAAAGUACAAGCAUGUGCAUGCACGCGCGUGUACACACACACACACACACACACACACACACGCAUGCACGCACACACGCGCAGACACAUGCUCGCACUUCUCUUUUGUGUUUUAGAGAUUACGUUUACUUUAAGAGUUCUGUCGAACCCAGAAGCCUGGGCUCCGCUUCUAAAACCUAAUAAAGACAAGCAUCAUUUACUCCUGCCCUGUUGUCUCUUCUAGAACCCAAAGGGCGACGCUGAAGGCCAGCCACGGGUCAGGUGCUCACACAUCUGUUGCCUGAUCUCAUGGGAGAG